AUGGGCGUGCCAAAAUAUUUCCGAUGGCUCUCAGAGCGGUACCCGCUCAUCAUGCAGCUGGUGGAAGAGAACCGUAUACCAGAAUUUGAUAAUUUGUACCUGGACAUGAAUGGCAUCAUCCAUAACUGCUCGCAUCCGAAUGACGGCGAAGCGACGUUUCGUAUUGCCGAAGAAGAGAUCUUCCUAGGCAUCUUCGCAUACAUUGAGCAUCUCUUCUCCAAAAUUCGCCCAAGAAAGGUGUUUUUCCUGGCGAUUGACGGUGUAGCACCCCGGGCCAAGAUGAACCAGCAGCGAUCGCGUCGCUUCCGCACCGCCCAGGAAGCCAAGGAAGGCCUACAGAAGGCCAUCAGUCGCGGUGAGGACAUUCCCGCAUCACCGCCGUUUGAUUCCAACUGUAUUACUCCGGGAACUGUAUUUAUGCGCAAGCUCUCGAUACAGCUCGAAUACUUUAUCGCGAAAAAGGUGAAUGAGGACUCCGACUGGCGCGAUGUGCAAGUCAUUUUGUCCGGUCACGAAACGCCUGGUGAGGGCGAGCACAAAAUCAUGGAAUUCAUCCGCACAAUCAAGGCACAGCCUGGCUACAACCCCAACACGCGCCACUGUCUGUAUGGUCUGGAUGCAGACCUGAUCAUGCUGGGCCUGCUAAGCCACGACCCCCACUUUGCGCUGCUGCGAGAAGAGGUCGUCUUUGGCCCACGUCGCGCGAAAAAGUCCAUCGGACUCGAGUCCCAGACCUUUUAUUUGCUGCACCUCUCCCUCCUUCGCGAGUACUUGGAGCUCGAGUUUUCGCAUUUGCGCAAGACACUGCCCUUCUCAUUUGAUCUCGAGAAAAUCAUCGACGACUACAUCCUACUGCACCUUUUUGUCGGCAAUGACUUUUUACCGCACUUGCCCGGCUUGCAUAUCAAUGAGGGUGCGAUUGAGCUCCUGUUCCGCGUAUACGAGCGCGUAUUGCCGCGCGCCGGUGGCUACAUCAAUCAGCAGGGCCGACUACAACCUAGGCGAUUAGAGCUUCUGAUCAAAGAGCUGGCCAGUGUAGACCAUUCCAACUUUGUCGGCGCGCAUCUGCCCAAGGUCAAGGCAGCCAUGGACAAGUCGCGACGGGCCCAGGAGUCCAUGCAGCUCGAAAAACGUAUCGAAUUGACGCCACGGCAGGCCGAGGCGGUGCGCCGCGUCGUGGAUCUCAUCACGUCGUUCUUGGACAACCCAGGGGGCGCUAGCCACCACAUCAAGUUCUCCGCUAUCCCUGCCGCGGAUGAAACAGAUAUACUCCAAAUCAUGGCCACCAAGCUUCAAUUGGAGUUUGAGACCAUGGCCUACGAUCCAGAAGACGACACGUUGCACUCGCUCUUUGGCUUCCCAUCUGGCAGGGCCCAGGCCUUACGCCUGAACCAAAGCCAUAAUGGCGCAACGCGUGAACAAACGAAGAAGUGGAUGCUCUCAAAGAUCGCGGCGUUUAUCGAGGCCCUAGCAUCGCACGAUCCACAGGAAGAUGCAUUGGACAUGGAAGGCUCGUCCGAUGGGCCGACGAGGCAAGUCGAGCGCAUGUACCGCGACGAAAAGGCUGUGUACUACCACAGCAAGAUGAGCAUCGACAGCAAGGACCCGGAGCAGCUGCAUGAUAUCGUGUACAACUACAUCGAAGGCAUGCAAUGGGUUCUGCACUACUACUACGACGGCAUCGCGUCUUGGGGCUGGUACUAUCACUACCACUACGCACCACACAUUUCCGACCUCACACACAUUGGCGACUUUACGUUCUCGUUCGACCAGGGCCGACCUUUCUUGCCCUUUGAGCAGUUGAUGGGUGUGCUGCCGCCACUCAGCAAGCAGUUAAUUCCGGCAGCCUUCCAGCCACUCAUGACGGAUCCCACGUCGCCCAUCCUAGACUUUUACCCAGCGACGUACGAAAGUGACUUGAACGGCAAGAAGAACAGCUGGGAGGCCGUCGUCAAAAUCCCGUUCAUUGAUCAGGACCGCCUUACGCAGGCACUCGAGCGUCGUCAGGGCGGGCUGACGAACGAGGAACGGGAGCGCAAUAGUCACGGCCAUCCGCAUCGAUUCUGGUACGAUGCAUCCUACCGCCAUACGAUGCCAUCGAGCCUACCUGGCUUUUUGCCCGAUUUGCUCGAUACCCACACUAGGAUCGAAACGUACACGCUACCGUCCAUGUCUGGCCGAAGGUUUAUCAAGACACUGCCCAAAGGCGUGAGCCUUGGUCUCAAUGCCAUGCCUGGUUUCCCCAGCCUCAAGACGCUGCCUUUCACCCACAAGCUGGAAAAGACGGGCGUCGAGGUCCACAGCCAGCCGUCCCGAGACCUGUCCAUGAUCCUUCACAUGAACAACCCCGGCAUGACGCAGGAUGUCGCAGCGUAUGCCAAGGACUUGAUUGGUCAAACGACAUUUAUUCAUUGGCCGUACCUGUUUGAAGGUCUCGUGGUGGGCGUCAGUGACUCGCACCGCGAGUACCGCGCGCACUGGAAAGACAUGGAUGUCGUCACGCAAUGCACCGAGUCCCCGUAUGGCUCGCAGUCGUUCGAGAGACAGCAGAGAGCCUUGAAGGAGCAGUACUUGAAGCGCCAUGGCAUGGCCCUCGACCGCAUCGAUGUGCUUCUCCACGUGCGUCCGUUCAAAGGCCUGAGCCAUGGCUACGAUGGAUCUAUUAUCAAGCAAUACGAGCCCUCGUCACAGAGCGAGGUGGUGCACCCUCUGCAGCUGCUGGUGAGCCAGGUGCGUCAUCCCGACGCGCGCUUCAUGGAACGCCCACCGAUGACCGUGUCGGAAGAGUACCCGGAGGGCACCAAGGUCUUUUUCCUCGGCGUACCCGGUUUUGGGUGCCCAGCGCGGGUGAUUGGCACGGCCGGCGACCAAAUUACCGUCGAGAUGGCGUUUUUCCACGACAUGGCCAAGGAACAUGCUAUCCUCCGCAAGAUUGUGCAGCAGCGUGCGCAGGUCAAGUACUUCACGACGCAGGAAGUGACGGCUCAGCUGCGCGUAUCCUCGUUGGUGCUCGCGAAGCUGGCGAGUGGCGUGGCGGUUUAUCACGGCAACCAGCGCAUGAACAUUGGCCUGAACCUCAAGUUCGAGGCCAAGGGCCGCAAGGUGCUGGGCUAUUCGCGUCGCACUUCCCAAGGCUGGGAGUACAGCGAGCGUGCCGUGCGUUUGAUGCAGGACGUGCUUACCAAGUUCCCCGAGCUGCGCCGUGGACUGUCGAAGCGCCUCGCAUCAGGUGAAUUUUAUUCAUCCGAGGACAUUUUCGAGCAGAACACGGCGCAGCGGAUCAAGGAUUUGCGCACGUGGAUCCACGAGAACGGUCUGCGUGACAUGGAUAUCGUGCCGCUCUACGUAGACCGCCUGGAGCGGUCCGUCAUUUCUCUGCUGGAAUCAGCCACGUCCAUCAUGGCACAGAAGCGAGCGCAACAUGGCCUGGCCGUCAAGCGCCAGAUCCUUCGCGGCCUGCCGCGCGGUGCCCUUCUCAAGCCAGAGCAGGCUCGCUACCGCGUGCCGGAGCAGACGUUCGACAUGGGAGAUCGCGUGAUCAACGUGUUCGACUUUGGCCCGCUUCCGCUGGCGGCCAAAGGCACGGUCAUUGGCCUCGGCGCCAACAAAUGCAUCGAUGUGGUGUUUGACGCGCCGUUCCUGGCUGGCACUACGCUGGGCGACGCCUGCUCGAAUCAUCGCGGCGCUACCGUCAGCACGUCAUCUGUGCUCAACCUGAGCACGCCGCAGAUCGCCACGCGCUGGGGCGAAGAGUCGGUCAAAGAAGCCCACUUGUCGCCGUUGCAGCGUACGCUCAAGGUACGCGAACAGCCCGCUUCCCAAGAUAUCAAGGGCACGCUGUUUUACCAGCCAGCCGCGCCCAAGGCACAGAAGGAGCGCCCCCGAUCCGCUGCCACGCCCCAACAGGGACCUGUUGACGCCACGGCACAGCAUCUCAAAGCUCUCUCGCUGCAGCCGCUCGCCCACCAGCGUCCGCCGCCGAACGCGUGGAAGCCGAGAGGCGCCCCCUCGUCCGGCCCGCCGAAGAAGCAGGCAGGACCCGACAAGACAGGCCCUCUGAAACAGUCUGGGCCCCCCAAGACAGGCGCGCCGAAAAAGCAGCCAGGACCCUCCAAGACAGGGCCCUCGAAGCAGUCUGGACCCAAAAAGACCGGCCCAGCGAGACAAGGAUCCAAAAAGGCAGGCCCACCGAAGCACGGACCCAAGCAGCCGAGCCCGCCCAAGAACUAG